UGGUUUUUGCGCGAUGAAUCCAAGAUCCGCGAAUCCAGUCGGUUCGAAGUCGGUUGGCAAUCCAGUAGUUCUGUCAUCAUCAAAGCAGCUCUAGCAGCUUAAUUUUUCAAUCUAGAGAAGGAACUAUAGUCGCCAAAGAAGAUGUCCACAGAUGAGCGACACUUGCUCAUUAUGGUUGAAAGGCUGCCUGAUGAGAUUGCACAAGUGUACAGCCGAACAAAACAAAAGAAGUCUUUACAACACAGAAACUCCUUCAAGCACCGCAAGUUGAAAAGCAAAGCUAAAGAUGGAGAGUGUGGUGAAAGUGAUGGUACAGUGUUGUCCCCAGCUGCACGUGAGACUGGAAAGCUCACCACUGUAACCCCAUCACAUCUUCCAAUGUCAUUGCCAAUGUACAGCCGUAGCAUUUCAUUGCCGUCAACUCAUGAGGAAAAGACAGAAGCUGGUAAUCGGAGUUUGAAGGUCAAGGUCAAAGUUGAGCCUAGAGUUAAGGUAAAGAUUAAGCCAAACAAGAGAGGAAGGUCUCUUGACUCAAACAAGGUUUUGCGGAAGAUCAAGAUACGUAAGAUUUCCAAGGAUUCCCUGUCACCCAGUGCACCUGAAAAGGAUGCAAACACUGACACAAAUGUUGUCUUUGGCAAAGAUACUGAAGAGGGUAGUAGCAAAGGGCCAUCUGAAAAGUAUGAAAUUGUUUCAUCGUCUGGAAGGGUAACAGACUUGCAUGAAGAAUCUGGUGCUGUCAGUGAAGAAUCCAUAGAUGCUGAGCAGAACACAAUUAAUGAAGGCAAUGUUGAGGCCUGGCUCAGAGAUCAUGUUGGCCAACCAAGUGAAGGAAUGAAAGGGGACACGGGCAGUAUUUCAGAAGAAUCAACUGUGGAAGAAACAGAAACCUCUGAUGAUUCUUCGGUCAACCAAGAAACCGAGUCAUACAACACUGAACACGAAGACUUUGAAGAAAGUGAUGGCUCACAGAGGACAGAGAUUGAUGCUGCUAACUGCACAAGUUCAGACACUGAGAUUGAUGAGGCAGAGCAAUGCCAGCCGAAAGUAGCCAGCUCAAUUGGUGUGGAAACUGUGGCAUUGAUGUCAAAUGAAGGAUCCUGUCAUAGUGACAUGCUGCAGGAGUGCUCUACUGCUUUGGAACGCAUAGUUUCAGAAGUGUGUGCUGAGAAACAGGUGCCACUGGUGGCGGACACUGGCAACUCUGGCAUUAAGUGUGUUGAAAACAUCAAGGCAGAAACAGUGCCAUGUAAUUCAGCAUCUGCAGAAACCGAGUACACGUCGGUGCAACCCAACGAAAUUGCAGAACAAGUCACCGUAGCUGAAGUGCGUGAUGAUGACCUGUGUGAUGAUGAGCAAAAGGAAACCGCUUCAAGCAUUGAAUUUAUUGACAUCACUGAAGAUGCAGUUGUGCUGAGCCCUGAAGUAGAAGGACCCAAUCUCCCUGCAAAAACAGUCGUACCACCUGAUUCAUCUACAGGUGAACCGAAUAAUGGCAAAACCUCAUGUUCGGUGGAUGUUGUAGAUCUCACCAGUGAUGACGUUGACUGCUAUGUUGUCAGCCCUGUGAAUGAAGAUGAAGUGGCUGCUACUUCAGGCAUGACAGGAGUCUGCAUGGCAGCAGCCAAAGAACUUGACCUGUUUGCUAACAUGACCAUUUUGGAAAGUUGGGACAUAGAAGCAGAGUCGAUUCUCGCCUGCACAGGAGAAUAUUUAGGCCAUCUAGAAAAGUGUUUGACAAGCCUGGAUCUGAUGGGAGAAGCAUUCAAGACCAUGCUUGUUACAGCACUCCGGAAAAAAAGCCAGGCAUUUAAGCAAAUUUUUGUACUGCUGAAAAAAUUGCUUUGCCGCUCUGAGCAACUCAACAGAGUGCUAUCUGUAGAAUCUGGCUUUUUUGUUCUUUUGGGAAUUGAAAACCCAUCAAAUGCAUUGUGCAGCCAUCGAAUCUCUGGCACGGAGGCAAAGGAACCAAAUAGUGCUACUAGAGCACUUAUUCGACGACUUUCGACUGCAGUAAAUGAUGACCAUGCUAAAGUCUUAGUUGAGAAGACCACUAUUGCCCAAGAAGUUCCUUCGGCUGAGCAUCGACCUUCACAGCGGGUGAACAGUGCAAAUGAGUGUGACUUGAGUACCAUCAGUAGAAAGUGCUCCAAUACGGCCAUUGAUCCACCACCAAAUCGUGCAAGAACAACAUGGAGGCAUCUAGUAGCUGCUGCUAAUAGAAGAGAACGUGAAUGCACAGGAUUUGGGGCUGUUACUGCCACAGUGCCAGUGGUUUCACAGUCAAACGAAAGGAGAGCAUCAUUAGGAAUAUCAUUUAUCCGGAAUGACAGAGCAGUAGCACUUGCAACAGCUCAUGUAAACCUGGAGAGCCAUAUCGGUCUCCAACGUGACAGAUCAUCAUCAUCACAGUCAACAUGUAGCAUCCCAAAUCAGCAGCUCGACUCAAGGAGUACUACACAGCAGCCCAACUCAAGGAGUACAACAGCAUCGAACUUACAGAUCGCGCAGAGACAACUGCACCGUGGCCAACCUAUUCAGAAGCAAGGCAAUGACCCAAGCGUCUCUACAUUACUAAAGGAGUUGAAGCAGAUUGCAAAUGGGAGUUUCAAAGCUCCAAGCACAAAUGCUGAUGCAAGGGAGAAGGUUGUCAAUGUGGAGGCCAAACAGGCACAGCCUUUGAGACAAGCUACUGUAACAUCAACUAACGUUGCUCCAUCUCCGUUAUUGUCAGUGUCAUCUGUUACAUCAGCAUCCCUCGGCCGCCAAAUCUCACUGUUGCCGGUGGCCACCGUAGGAUGCAGUAGCAAGGUUGCAGCUCUACCAGUGAAUGUGACUGUCUUGCCCGCUGCAGCAUCAGUUUCAGCUCCUAUGUCAUCUGCAACAAACACCAGCACCACCAGCACAUCUGUAGUGGGAGGAACCAAAUCAGACCCUCAAGCCUCAGCUGCUAGGGCAAGCCCGCACAGCAUUCUUCAAAAGCUCCAGCGUAACACAGGUCUGACGGUCGUGCCAGUACAACAGAGAGAAAAGCUAGCCAAAGAGGAUGCGGCUGCAGAUGGGAGUUCAUCAUUGAAAAACAUCCCUGUAGAUGUCACUGCUGCUUCUAGUGAAACGACGUCAGCGUCCAGGGACAGUGUCAUUGCCGUGCCUUCGGGCCUGAGCAUAACAAGCACACCGGCAAGAGUGUCUACGGCUGAUAAGACUGCCACCAGGACGUCUGAACAGGUGGCUGUAAUACAGCUUGGCAAGGGCAGCCAGCGCCACUUGCCUCUUCCGGCAGCCAAACCAGCAGCACUGGCAGUGAGCACCACAUCUGGCGGGCGUGUCAACUUGACUGUGUCACAACAGCCCACGAAUGCUCCAGUAGUGCGAACUGUGCUUCAGAGAACUGUAAAUAUGAGUAGCACAGCUGCAAGAACAGUGCCACCUCAGCAACAAAGAACUGCUGGUUACAGCAGGCAUGCAAUUGACGCAAGGUCCACACAGACCUCUUCUGCGCACACUACCCUUGUUGUGUCUAGGAGUGUGACAACGGAUGCAACUUCAAGGACUGUAGCAGCUCCAUUGAAAUCCACAACUGUCAUGACAACUUCCCACCGACUUCUGUUGCCAAGGCUGCCUGCGGGAGCACUUCAGCCUGUGAGCACGGUUUCUGGGCAAACUGUACCUGGACAGCCACCAGUACAGGCUGCCACAAGUGUUGCACCAGUUCUGGUGCAAGCCACAACACUGCAGGAUGUCCGGUGGUCCCAGCACCAGCAAAGUCGGCAGUUGUGUGUGGCCGUGCCAGGGUUUCGUGUGGUGCAGGCACCAAGCUUCCAAGGCAGAGCAGUGGCUGCAGCGCCACCACCUCUCCAGUGGUGUGGUCCCCCCAUGGCAGUCGGAAGACCUAUCGCCGCCAACAUCUUGCGCCCACCUGCGACAAUUCCUCCAUUUCCCUGGGGAGGCUUUGUGCCACAAGACCCUCGCUUUGUGGGCAGGGCACCCCUCAAUGGACCACAGGCACAUCCUGGGCAAGCCAUGCCAACACAGCAGCCAAUCUUGCCCCGGCCUCCUCCACACUACUACAGAUAACCCAAGUUCACCCUGGACUCCUCCAUCUAUCUGGGAUUCCCAAAGAGUCCAAGCCACUUGACCAAAAACAGCUGCAGUGGUAAAUCCAAGUUUCUCCAUGGCCGUGCAGUUGCGCUUUGUUCAGAAAACCAUACCGCCCUCUGUUCGGUGCCGGUUUGCUCGGCGACGACAGCAAAGGGCUGUGAUGGCAUAUGCAAAGUCACCACUCACCGCUUGGGGGCGCGCAAUUUGAAUUGCUCAAAAGCUAUGCGAACCCUUCAGAUGCAAUUUUCUUGCAGACUGAGUCUUUUCUUAGCAUGAAACAAGUGCUGCGAGCUUUCUGGAAUGGUAUUUUAACAGUCCAUACCGACUUAGUAUUUGCCUUUGUGUCUCUUUAAGGCUGUUAUUAUGCUAAAGGGUCUUGUUACUUCCCCACAUUUCUCGUAUCAUCUGUGUUUGUGUUAAACGACUAGUCCAAUUCUCAUGUUGCACAUUUCUGUCUGAGUAUUGUCCCUCAUGUGAGGUCAUGCCGUGCACCUGCUACUAUACCAGGAGAUUAUGCAACAAGACACCAGUGUUGCCAUAACCUUCCUCAUAUUUCUUGAAUCUUUGAAAUUUGAUCUAAAGCACCUCGUUGAUUUUGUGUACUUGGGCCAAAGUGGCAGCAGUGAUGUUUCACAGGAUACAAAGAUUUGAAAAUAGUAUUUACCUCCGCAAAUUUCAAGACCCUCAGACAUAGGGCUUGCUGUGUUUUCCCAAGGGUGAUGACUCAAAACUAAGUAAUAAAACUUCAUCAGGAACAAAGAAAAGCACACAUUUUGCUGGAAGUUGCAGCCCACAUUUUGUAGGCUUUAGUCAUCUGUUGUCUCAUCAUCGUGUUUGUGCACCAUACCUUGAAUGUAGCUUGUGAAACGUUACAUGAUGUCCUUAUCUCAUGCUUGUUUAGCGGGAGCAUAGUUGGGCUAGGAUAGUUGGUUUAUAAAAAGCACUGUUGGUCAAACUUCCAACCUUUCUAAGCUUCAUUCCCUGUACAAUGAAAGCAACUAUGCCUUUUCAGAGUGGCUAUGUUGCCUUUCUUUUUUUUUUCCCCUCUUAUUAUUAUGUUCUUUGGUAAUCAUUAUUGUGAUUACUGUAUUCUCUUGAUAUAAAAAAAUUACAAGUUGUUUCUUUAAACUUUUCGGAAUGUGGAACAAGUAUCCUAUAAAUGGCAUCAGUGUGAAUAUUAAUGCGAAGCAAAUUAAAAAAAAUUGUGUCAGUAUUCUUGAUGGCAAGGUGCUUAAUAUUCAGAGUCACUUGCUAGUAGGAGCGUGAGAAUAUUCAAAAGUUUCGAAUAAUGAAUUGAAUAGUGUCUUAUUCGAUUUGGUCUUGGAAUCAAAUAGUCACUAUACGUAAAAGUGGAUAUUCUUUAAAUAAUUUUAGAAUAUUUUGCAAUGUCAACUGUGCUCACUUAAACAUAAUAUUGGAGCAAAAGUUUGGUAAAUUGUCACCCCCACAGGGAUAGUAUAGACAUAAAAUGUGAGAACUUGCAUAAUGGGCAGGCUACAUCUCGUAGAUAGCCAUACAUUAAAGGCUAUACGGCGAUCAUUCGCACUCUCUGAAAAAUCAUGUGCAUGCGAAGAAACUACUUGUUUGCUCAUAAUUCUCCAUUUGUGUUUUAAUACGUGAGUAUUCUUUGGCAAGUAACCCAGCAAAAAUCUAUCUGUCAUGUGAAUAGUGUAAUGCCUUGUAUCUACACAAAAAUGCAUAAUUUGAAAAGUUAGGGCAUUUAAUCGUUAUAGUAGUGUAAAUAUAGAUGAUCAGUAGCUUUAUGAGCGAUAAAGAAUAAUUGAAACCCAAAAGAACUGAUAGAAUUCUGUUCACAAAAUCAUGUCCGUAACGCGAAAAGUGACUGAUUAACCGGGGGAUACGUAGGGCUCCAUAGAAAAUGCAAGGGGGUGCCUAUGUUAGGGGUGGGCCAACUAACGUUCGAGGGUGGGCCAACUUCAAAUUUGGGUCUGGCCAAACUUUAUUGGGGGGUCGGCCAACUUAGGUUUGGCGGUGGACCAACUUACAUUUCGGGGUGAAUCAACUUGAAAUUUUGAGGUAGGCCACAUUGAAAUUUGGGGGUUGGCCAAAUUGAAAUAUGGGGGGUCGGCUAAUUGCAAUUUGUGGGUGGGCCACUGAUAUUUGGGAAACAAAAUCAAAAAGUGACAGCGGAUCCAAGUAAUGCUUACGCAUUUGUAGACAAUUCUCAGCAUUUCUGAAUAAAUGCUUCAAAACAUACUGUGUAAUGACAGAAACUUUCUAAUAUUAAGAAUACUAGAAUGUGAACAACAUUUUAUAAUUACUGUGAUAACAGUUUUUCAUUAUUCAAAAACUAUUCAAUUCGAUUAGUUCUUGUCACUAUUCGAUUUCGUCUCAAAAAUCACUAUUCGCACACCCCUACUUGCUAGUAAAGCUUGAAGCUUGCAACUACUUAACUUGCAAGCUUGACGUAAGCAUGAAUCUGCAUAUGGCAAGAUUGGGACAUAAUGAGCAAGUGCGAUUGAGUAGAGCACAGUGUAGUGCUUAUGGUGGCUCGGUGGCUGUGCUGCUGGCAAUAAGGUCGUGGGUUCAGUGCCUAACUGCAAAGGCCACUAUAUGGGUGUAUAUGCAAAAAUGCUUUUGCACCCUGCUUUGGGUGCACAUUAAAGAACAUCGGGUGGUAAAAAUUGCCUCAAUGAACUGUGUUCCAGUCUCUGUCAUAGCCCCAAGUCCCAUGAAGUAGUCGGAGCAUAAUGUUGUCUAGCUGGUGCCUAGCUUCUAAAAUGAGUAGUGUAAAUAAAGACAUGAAUAAGACUAUUGUGCAUGUCUUCGUUUGUGCUAUCCAUUUUAGAAUGUGUGAUUGGUCGUAAGUUGUUAAAGGAAUGCCUUCGGGAUUU